GAUGAAGGGCGUAGUUUCAGUUCCCAUACAACCCUCAAUCAUCACCAAUCACAUCAUUUUAUUUUCUAUACCGAAUCAGAUUCAAUUUCAAUUCUAACUUCUCAACUCUCUGCACCUAAAUCUUGAAACCAAACAAUAUUCUCAUUGUAUAAGACAACACACACCCAACCCAAAACCAAAACCAACACAAAACUUUCUUCCCUUCAUCAUAACCCAUCUUCUCUUCUCUCUCUUGUUCGAGAGAGAGAGAGAGAGAGAGAGCACGUGCAUAACAUAACACAGCAAUGGCAAUGGCAAUGACAAGCAAAGACAGAGAGAAAAAACUCUUCUUUGUUGGGUCACUAGUGAACUACGCUGCAGAACUGAAGCUGCUUCUCACUACCGUCCUUCUCCUUUGCGGCGUCGCCACUCUCCUUCAGUUCCUCCCUUCACGUUUCACCAUCUCAUCCUCCGAUCUCCGCCUCUGCAUCUCAAGGGUCUCCCUACAAUCCCCACCACCCUCUACACCACUUUCUUCACCCCCACCACCACUUCCCACACCCCCUCCACCACCCUCUUCCACCGCUCUCCUUCCCAACGCCACCAUUAAGCGUGUCUUCAACACUUAUGGCUCCGCAGCCUACAACUUCAUCACCAUGGGAGGAUACCGAGGAGGACUCAACACCUUCGCCAUCGUUGGCCUUUCUUCCAAGCCACUUCAUGUUUAUGGAAAACCCACCUACGAGUGUGAGUGGAUCCCACGGCAAAACACCACCUCUUCUCCAAAACCCAUCUCCACGAAGGGUUUAAAGUACCUCCCUGACUGGGGCUAUGGUCAUGUCUACACCGUAGUGGUUGUUAACUGCACCUUCAAUGGCACAACCGUCAAUGCCGCCAACACUGGUGGCAAGUUGGUGCUCCAUGCUUCCACCUCGGGAGCUGGUGACGCCAACUUCAAUGUCACUGACACAAUAGAGGUUCUGGAAGAAGCGCCAGGGAGUUUUAAUGCUUCACUCUUUUUGUCAAAGCCUAAGUACGACUACUUCUACUGUGGCUCUUCUCUCUACGGGAACUUGAACCCUCAGAGGGUGAGGGAGUGGAUUGCUUACCACGUGAAGUUUUUUGGGCCAAGGUCGCAUUUUGUUAUUCAUGAUGCUGGUGGGGUGCACGAGGACGUGCUGGAGGUGCUGAAGCCGUGGAUGGAACUGGGUUAUGUGACGGUGCAGGAUAUCAGGGACCAAGAGAGGUUUGAUGGGUAUUAUCAUAACCAGUUCAUGGUGGUGAAUGAUUGCUUGCAUAGGUACAAGUUCAUGGCCAAGUGGAUGUUCUUUUUCGAUGUCGAUGAGUACAUUUAUGUUCCACCUAAGAGUACUAUCAAGACAGUCCUCGACUCGCUCUCAGAAUACGAUCAGUUCACCAUUGAACAGAUGCCCAUGAGCGGCAAGAUUUGCCUCUCUCAGGAUUACGGCAAAACUCACAGGAAAUGGGGUUUUGAGAAGCUUGUGUAUAGAGAUUCAAUCACAGGCAUUCGUAGAGAUCGAAAAUAUGCAGUGCAACCACGCAACCUGUAUGCAACAGGGGUGCACAUGUCACAGGAUCUAUCAGGAAAAACAACACACAAAACUGAAGGUAGAAUCAUGUACUUCCACUAUCAUGGAACGAUAUCAGAAAGAAGAGAAUCAUGUAAAAUACUGGUAAACACGACACAAGUCACAAAUGAAAAGAUCCCUUAUGUGUUGGACACCACAUUGAGGGACAUUGCUGGGGUAAUCAAGAAAUUUGAGCACAAGAUGAUUGGAUCAAGGUUGAACAAGACAAAGCAAUGACAUACUUCAAAUCUUUCUUUCUUUUUCUCUUCGUGGGGCUUUCCUAAAGAAAUAUGUCAUUUAACUUGUGUCAGGAUAGAAGAAGAUUCACCCAUUUCUUUUUCUAAUAUCUGUAUUAUAAAUAUAAUUUUUUUAAUUA